AUGAAACACCAUCUCGAUCGUAUUAUCGACCAUGUUCAUACCCCGGAGAAACUCCGUCCCCAUCAUCACCACCACCACCAACAGUACCAGCAACCCCCAGUAGCACAAGCAGUGCCCCCCGUUGUUGCUCAACCCCCGCCACAGGGCAUCUCCACACCGCCUGACUCGCAUAAUGUUUUCGCCCACUUCAUCAUUGGAAAUGCGUAUUAUAUGACGUCAGAUCAGUGGGAGUCUGACAUUGUAGAGGCGCAGAAAGCCCACAUUGAUGGGUUUGCAUUGAACGUUGCACCGCAAGACCAUCACACCGAUCGGGCCCUCCAAGCAGCAUAUGAUGCUGCUGAAAAGAUUGGAAACUUUUCCCUAUUUAUCUCGUUUGACUACCUGUCGGGUGGGCCCUGGCCGGCAGAUCGAGUUAUCACUAUCAUCAAUUCUUAUAAGAAUCGAAAGGCGCAGUUCUACUACAAGGGGAAGCCACUGGUAUCUACAUUUGAAGGUGUGGGCAACGCAGGUGACUGGCCGAAUAUCAAGGCCGCUACGGGUUGUUUAUUCAUCCCUUGCUGGACGAGCAUGGGACCAGCCGGUAUACGCAAUGUUCUAAACGAUAUCGACGGCGCCUUUAGCUGGGAUGCUUGGCCGGUUGGUACAGACGACAUGAAGGUGACAAACGAUCUGGAGUGGGUGAAAGCUCUUUCAGGGAAGCCAUAUAUGAUGCCCGUAGCUCCCUGGUUCUACACAAAUCUCCCCCAAUGGGGAAAGAAUUGGCUCUGGCGCGGAGAUGAUCUAUGGCACUAUCGUUGGAAACAGGUAAUUGAGUUGCAACCGCCUCUUGUCCAGGUCUUGAGUUGGAACGACUAUGGCGAGACGCAUUACAUCGGGCCUAUCUACGAGGCUGGAGUGCCUGAAGGGGCCUCGCGGUACAUCGCUAAUCACCCUCAUGAUGCCUGGCGAACCUUUCUGCCUCAUUAUAUUGACGGGUAUAGACGGAACAUCGCGAACUGCCACAGUAACCCAGUCAAGACCUUCCUCAACCAGAAGUACCCCAUAUCCUAUGCAGACAAGAUUGUUUAUUGGUAUCGAUUGAACCCCGGGCAGUCGGGUAGCGCCGACGGCACAACCGGGAACAGCCCAGGCAUAGGUCAACCAGAAAUGAAACCGCACGAGCUCUCUCAGGACAAGGUGUUCGUUAGCGUAUUUGUCACUGAGCCGAGUGAGGUCCAUGUCCAAAUUGGAUCAGGUCCACAUUCUGUUCUUGACGCCGUCCCUGGUGUCAAUCAUGGAUCUUUCUCCUUCAAAGGCCAGACAGGGCCUGUCAGGAUCUCUAUUGUGCGAGGUAAGCGGGAGGUUGUGACAACCACAGGCCCAGCAAUUACUGAGCAAUGUGCGGGUGGUGUUGUAGACUGGAAUGCGUAUCUUCCUGAGCCCACCCCAGCUACCAUUGCGACCCCAGUGGCGAGGACUGGCACCCUCGCCCCGGAAGAUUACACAAAACCAUACUGCGAAUUCAUGACAGCAAACCCUACGAUCUUUCAUGCGGUGGACGGCUUUACCAGGCAACUCGAAAGCCAGGGAUAUAAGCGCCUUCCCGAGCGCGAGACGUGGAACUCCAAGUUAGAGAAGGGUGGAAAGUACUAUGUCACUCGAAAUGGCAGUGCUUUCAUCUCAUUCUCAAUUGGAAGAGACUAUAAGAGUGGCAAUGGAUUGGCCAUUGUUGCAGGUCAUAUCGAUGCACUCACCGCCAAAUUGAAGCCCGUAUCCAAGCUGCCCAACAAGGCUGGCUUUCUCCAACUUGGAGUCGCGCCCUACGCAGGCGCUCUGAGUGACACAUGGUGGGAUCGUGAUCUCUCAAUUGGUGGCCGUGUCCUAGUCCAGGACUCCAACACCGGGAAAGUCGAGUCCAAAUUAGUCAAGCUGGACUGGCCCAUCGCCCGGAUCCCAACCCUAGCACCUCAUUUCGGAGCUCCCUCGCAAGGCCCCUUCAACAAAGAGACACAGAUGGUGCCUAUUAUUGGUGUUGAUAACUCCGAUCUUUUCCAGCAGCAAGCCCCGUCCAAGGCGGACCAGGAUAGCGGGAUCAAGCCCGGUACAUUUGCAGCCACACAACCCGAAAAGCUUGUUAAAGUCGUAUCCAAGGAGCUUGGUAUCACAGACUACAGCUCGAUUAUCAGCUGGGAGCUGGAGCUGUAUGACAGUCAACCAGCACAGGUUGGUGGCCUGGACAAGGACCUGAUUUUUGCUGGUCGCAUUGACGAUAAGCUCUGCUGCUAUGCCGCUCAGGAGGCUCUACUUGCCUCGCCCGAUAGUACUUCAACUAGCUCUAUCAAGAUGGUCGGUAUGUUUGACGACGAGGAAAUUGGAAGCCUGCUUCGCCAGGGAGCUCGAUCCAACUUCAUGAGCAGCGUCAUAGAGCGUAUCACGGAAGCCUUUUCACCCAAUUACGGCCCCAACGUGCUGUCUCAAACUGUGGCGAACAGCUUCUUCGUUUCUUCGGACGUCAUCCAUGCGGUCAACCCAAACUUCCUUAAUGUCUACCUUGAGAACCAUGCUCCCCGUCUGAACGUCGGUGUGGCCGUCUCGGCUGACUCUAACGGUCAUAUGACAACAGACAGUGUGAGCUACGGAUUCAUCAAGCGUGUGGCUGAUCGUUGUGGCUCGACCUUGCAAGUCUUCCAGAUUCGUAAUGACUCCCGUAGUGGUGGGACUAUUGGACCCAUGACCAGUUCUCGCAUUGGCAUGAGGGCCAUUGAUGUAGGGAUCCCGCAACUGAGCAUGCACAGUAUCCGUGCGACUACCGGUAGCUUGGAUCCGGGACUGGGUGUGAAGCUUUUCAAGGGCUUCUUCGACUAUUUCGAGGAGGUGGACAAGGAAUUCGCAGAUUUCUGA